AUGUCGCACAAUUACGAUAAGAUUGUCAAGUUGGCAUGUAAACCAAAGAAUGCACCGCCCAAAGCAAAAUAUGUCGAGUACGUUAAUCUGUUCAUUCAUCCAUCCCAAUCCCGGGGAUGUUUCAUUCCUUCUAUCCCAUACACAGCCUCUAACGUCUUCUCCAGUGUUCUAAUAGCAGCGACAUACUCGGAUGAUGGAUCGCUGCAAGACAUAAUUCGUUCUCUAUCAUUAAGAUUGAGAGAGGCCAAUGCGGUGGUGGUAUUCAAAGCUUUAUUGACAUUACAUCAGAUGAUCAGAUCAGGAUCAACCGAUCAACUAUUAGACGUGUUAUCAAAGCAGGAUUCGCUAAAAUUGAGGAAUAUCACUGGACAACAUUGGGAAGGUUUUCAACCCCCUGCAAGUAUGUCAGCGUACGCUUCAUACCUUGAUUCAAGGAUCAAGAGUUACAAAGAUAUAAAACAUGAUUUAGUCAGAGUACAAACCGAGUCAAAUAGGAGAAGUGAUGGUCAAGGAGCUGGAGCCAAAGCGAGAAGAUUAAGACAUUUACCCGUCGAAAAAGGAUUAUUAAGAGAAGUCAAACAAGUCCAAAAUAUUCUAGAUAGUCUGAUUUUGUGCAAAUUCUAUGAUGACGACUUGAGAGAUGAAAAUACAGUCCUCGCUUUCAGAAUGUUAGUCAAGGAUCUUCUAGUGCUAUUCCAAGCUGGUAAUGAGGGUGUUUGUAAUAUCCUUGAACAUUACUUCGAAAUGUCAAAGUACGACGCAUCUGAAUCCUUCGACAUUUAUAAAUCUUUCAUAAAGCAAACAGAUCGUGUAGUUGAUUACUUAGGAGUCGCAAGAAAGCUAAAUCAUGUAGUCAAUGUACCUGUACCAAAUUUGAAACAUGCUCCUACAGGAUUGGUGAAAGCUUUGGAGGAAUACCUGAAUGAUCCUAAUUUCGAGAAUAAUAGAAUGGAAUACAAGAAGAGUUUGGGAGUCGUUGAAGGGAAAAGUACAGGAAGGGACCCGUCGCCUGCUCCUCCUUCUGCACCCAAACAAGAAACAAAACCUGCCGACUCAUCUUCAUCUCAAUUGAUCUCUGCACCUGCACCACCUUCUUCUCCACCACCAUCCUCUGCUCCUCCAGGAUCAUCCCGGAAGAUACAAGAUUUCUUUGAUUCGAUACAAACUGAAUCACAACCAACGAUGUUUGGUGGACCCCCUCAACAAAUGAACUAUGCUCAAAUGACUAUGCACGGCCAACAAUUUAAUCCUUUCAGACAAUCAAUGAUGUUACCACAACAAACAGGAUUUAUGCCACCUCAGAUGACCGGAUUCCCACAACAACAGCAACAACAACCGUUCAUGCAACCACAACAGACAGGAGCUAUGGCAUUUGGCAUACAAGGACAGCCUCCUUUCCCUCAAUCAUCAGGUCCCGGUCCCAAUCAACCAUUCGUUCAACCUCAACAAACUGGAUUCAUGCAACCUCAACAAACUGGAUUCUUACAACCUCAAGCUACAGGUGCAAAUCCUUUCAGACAAAGUAUGAUGCUCAACACCUCCAUAGGACCUUCAGGUGCAAUGUCACAACCUUCUUCGCCAUUCAAUACCCACAUGAAAUCACAGCAGACAGGUAUGAACGCCUUUGGACAUAAUAACGUCAACGGAUUUGGACAGAUUCAAAGACCAGGUUCAACUCCUGCUACAAGUACCAAUAAUGCAGAACCUAAACCCUUAACAGCUCAAGUAACAGGAUCUAAAAACCCAUUCGCCCCUGCUGGGGGUAUUCCACCUGUACCUCAAAUGCCAAAAGGUCCAACGAUGAACGAUUUGUUAAUGGGAGGUAGCAAUAUGAAUCAGCAAUCUAUGGGUUCAUCACCAUGGGGAAAUAUGAAUGGUCAAGAGCAGCAGCAGCAGCAGGGGGGCCAACAACAGCAACAGCAACAGCAACAGCAACAGCCACAAGCCAACGGUGGAACGGGAAUGGCCGAUAUAGCAUCUGCCUUCACAUUUGAUUCGUCCAAGUCCAACGGUAAUGACGAUUUCUUGUCACAAUUCGGUUCUGGAACAGGAACAGGAGCAGGCACAGGAAUAGGAUCUGGUUCGAAUUCCACUUCAACUGGAACUUCCCUAUUCGGUUCCAAUUCGUUGUCAUCACAACCUACAGGUGCAACCUCAUUAUCCUCGCAGCCUACAGGAUUUUUACAACCUCAACAAACUGGAUAUGGUGGAAGUGCCAUCAAACCAUUCAAACCGACAAGUUCAUUCGGUUCUCAGUUAUUAGACUCCCUACCACCCAUCUCGGAACCAGGAUCAGGGUCAACUCCCACCAAAUCACCAGGUCUGGGUGGACAAGGUGGUGGAUUAACAACUCAAUCUACGGGAUACCCAUUCUCCUCGCCUUCACCGAUGACAAAUAACCAACAAGGAAACGGAAAUGGAAAUCUCUUCAACCAAAGUUCAGGUACAGGUACUAACAUGAUGAAUCAAGGAUUGAGUCCUCAAGCAACAGGUGCAGCGAACCCAUUCAGACAAUCUACUUUUGGUAGUUUAGGUUUCAAUUCGACCAAUGGAGCAGGAGGAGGUAUGGGUGGUGGAAUGAAUGCUCAACAAACUGGGUUCGGUAAUGGUGCAUCUGGUAGCACCAGUCCGUUCGCCGGUCAAAACAACCAAUUCCAACCGCAGCAGCAGCAGAUUCAGCCACAAAAUCAGAUGAGCCAAUUCGGAAUGUUCAAUCAAAAUCAAAAUCAAUCAGGUCAAGGUCAGAAUCAGGGUGGUUCUUUGAUAUGA